AUGUCAGAUUCUGUGCUUCUGACUGUGUGCUUACGGGCCUCCUUUUUGGCCGGAGCAGUAGGCUCGAAAAUCGUGUUCCACCCCCUGGACACAAUUCGAACCCUCCAACAAACAUCCACCAACUUCAACUACAUUCUCCCGUUACACCGCUACUGGCGUGGCCUGGGCGCAUCGGUGGCCCUUACAACCCCGGCGUUCACCACAUACAUGGUGUCUUACCGCCAAUGUAAACGGUUUCUCACGCCGUAUAUAGGCGACGACUCCAUGGCCAACUACGUCAUCAGUGGCGCGGUCGCGGAACUGGCGUCGUCCUUCAUCUGGACGCCCAUGGAGGUGAUCAAGGGCCGAAUGCAGAUUUCGUCGAAAAACAUCAGCACGUUGCAAAUCAUCAAGCGUAUCUACGCGACCGAGGGUCUGCGAGGCUUUUUCCGAGGCUACGUGAUGGGCAUUGUGGUGUUUCUGCCGCACUCGGUGGUCUGGUGGGUCACAUAUGAAAAGACCAAGGCGUGGAUGGAGAAGCGAGGCGAGCUGGGGCUCAAGGAGUACGCUGUGAGCUCGGCGGCCGCCACAUGUACUGCAUCGGUGGCGUCCAACUUUCUGGACGUGGUCAAGACCCGGCAACAGCUGGCGGUGUCGGACGAGAUUCGAGGCAUGCGUCCGGACGACCAGAAAAGCGUGUUUCAGGUGGGCAAGAAUCUGAUCAAGGAGGUGGGCCUGGGCCGGGCGUUGUUCAAGGGCCUGCAUAUCCGGUUGCUUCACUCGCUGCCGUCCUCGGUGCUCAGCAUGAUCAUUGUGGAGACGCUGAAUCCUGACACCAAAAAGUCGAGGGAAAAGCACCAUGGUGAGCAGAGACAAUCUUUCGAAGCUGCUGAUGUGUAG